AUGGACGAAUCUCAGAGCGCAGAUCCUGGGCCGAGCCAUGUGCAGGUCACGGAGAAGCCUCGCGCAGACAGCUCGGCAUCAAUGCCUUCAAUGGGCAAUCAGACGUCUCAAACGACCAAUGACGGCACCGUCACCCUAGUAGGGCCACCUGCUCCGCAAAGCGAGGGUGACAAAUUAAGGAGGAAUAUCAGCAUUCGACACAUGGUAUUUAUCGCCUUGGGAGGCUCUAUCGGCGCCGGGCUCUUUGUCGGAUCAGGUGGCGCGUUGCACGCUGGCGGUCCGCUCAGCUUGGUCCUGAGCUUCGCUAUUGUCGGUGUUGGUGUGACUGUCACCAUGGGAAGCUUGGGAGAGCUCGCGGCUACGUACCCUGUGGCAGGCUCGUUUUACGAAUACGCCAGGCGCUUCAUCUCCGAGCCUUGGGGGUUCACCAUGGGAUGGAACUUUGUCUUCGCCUGGCUCAUCAUAUUUCCCUUCGAGCUCAGUUGCAUUGUCUCCCAAAUCAGAUUUUGGAACGAGACUGUGUCGCCCGCUGUCAUCAUCUCGCCAAUUCUGGCUGGGCUGAUCGCCCUCUCGUUUGGAGGAUCUCGAUUUUACGGCGAGGUCGAACAUGGCCUCGGGAUUGCAAAGGUCAGCGCCUUGACGAUUUUCAUAGGAAUGGCGAUUGCAAUCAUGGCCGGGGCUGUCCCAUCCGAUGCGAGACACGGCACGGGCGUGACAUUUUGGACGACACGCGACGUCAUCGCAAACGGAUUCCCUGGGUUCAUGACCCUAUUUCGUAUCGCAGGCAUGGCGUACGGAGGGACUGAGCUUCUCGGCAUGACGGCCGCUGAGUGCAACAACCCUCGCCGAGCUCUUCCGCUCGCUACCAAGAUUACCUUCUUCAGGAUUGCCAUCUUCUAUGUUCUCACUCUCCUGUUCCUCGGCUUCGUCGUUGACUCCCAGGAUCCGGGUCUCGCAAAGAUUGGGCAUGGCGCCCAGGCUCUCUGCGAGCAGGGCAUGGGACCUCGCUUUGCAGCUACCAUCAAGUGGGGUGUGCCUAUCUAUGCUUUUGCUCUGGCCUUUACCAUCGGCCUGACCGCCUUUGUCAACGUGGCACCGGGAGGCGCUGUUAUAUUCGACUGGCUGUUGAGUCUUUCUGGAGCCUGCAACUACUAUACCUGGCUCUCUAUCUGCGCCAGCCAUAUUCGCUUUCGCCGGGCGUGGCACACACAAGGCCACAGUCUCGACGAGCUCUUGUGGACCAGUCCUUUCGGCGUAUUGGGCUCAUGGAUCGGCAUUGCGAUUUGCAGUACAGGUCUCCUCGCGAGCAUCGUCACCUCCAUUUACCCCCUGUACGGAAUCCACAGCGCACAGGACGCUGUCCGUGACAAUCUAGGCAUCGCCAUCCCGAUGGUCGUGUUGGCCUCGUACUGCUCGUGGGAGAAGCUUCACCGCAAAAGGACACCAGUCGUGAUGAUCGCCCCUGCUGACAUGGAUCUGACGACGGGUUUGCGAUGGAGGGGCUCCUACCUGGUGGAUCUGGAGGAUGCGCCCCGCGAAGAGGCACCAAAGUCUUCAACAUGA